AUGGAAAGUCCCCUGGUUGUGAGGGUCCACGGCCCUUUAAAUCAUGUUUGGUUAUCAGAAAAUGAACUGGGGAUUUUCAGAAAAACAUCUGCCUCAAAUGAAUCCACUCGCAGUGAGAUACUCAUUGAAAAUGUCAAAUGGGGCACGUCAAUAUACAACGAUGAGUUUAUGAGACGCCUUGCUAAAAGUUCCUUCGAGGUGUUUUCAGCACUUCAAAAAUGUUCAGAGCAGAACUCAUUUAUCACCCACAGCAUUCAAUACAGAGCUGCCUUAGCCGUGUGUUCGAAUGAAAUUUUCACAUUUCUAAAACUUACAGCAGGUUCGGAUGAGGCAAGGGCAGCUCAUCUAACUGCCCAAGGUAAUCUGAUUCAGACAUUAGAGCUCUUGUGGCAUCUUGCGGAACUGGUUUUUAUCCAAGUAUCCCCACCUGGAUAUUUAGCAUUCAAUCUCUGUGGUUGGUUUUACGUGCAGUCCCAGGAAGCCGCUAAUCGCGCUCGAGAGAUUUUGGACAGUGCAAACAAAGAACAAUCCGGUCAUAUUUUAUUGCAUGAUAAACUGAAUAAUCUUAAAUCAUGGGAAACCAACAAGGACUUUUGGCCAACAGUUUUAAACUUGGUUUUACAAGCUAGGUGUCAAGAAGCAGCAAGUUUGCUUGUCCUGCAUUCUAAUUCUAAUGGUCGUGGUCUCCGAAGUCUACGUCAACUUCUAGCUUCUAUGCCAGUUGCUUCUCAUGCUGAAAAAGAGGGUAUGUGGACUGAGUAUGGUGCUCAGUUUUCGCAGGCGUGGAAUUAUUGGCAGUCAGAGUGUGAACAUCGACUGUCUUCGGGAGAAUUCGAUCAUGUUGGUGGUGAUCCAGCAUCAGUUGACUACAUAAAAUUAAUUGUAAAUAUCUUAUCGGGGCGUACGUCUAUUUGGGAUGACCCGCGAAUUCUGGACGUAACUAGAGGUUCACGUGGAUGGUUUUUUCGUUUUGUAUCAUUUGUUUUCUACACUGACCAGUUGGUAAAUAUUGAUGGUUUAAGCAGUGAUCUUGAUCGAUGGCUUGCUUUAACCAAGAAAGGUAAUAUGGAACCGGGCUCCAACUUUGAUCAGUCCGUCGAUGCUUUAAUCACAAGCAUUUUUCACGUGGAUCUAUUUUCAUUUGUUCGUAUAGCAAGUGAAAAAUUAAGUAAUUGGUGGUUUAUUGCACACUUUACGAAUCUUUUAAACCACAUAUAUCCUGGUGUACUUAAUGAUCUUCAGCUUACACAUAAACAAGACGAGUUAUCUUUAGAAUCUUGUCCAAAAACAGUAAAUUAUAAAUCUAAUGCUAAGUUUAAUGAAUCAUUGUAUCAACCUGUAGACAGCUCUUCAUUGGUUGAAUUUUUUCUUCUUGGUUAUGUCGAAUCAUUGGCUUCUGAAACUAGUCUUUUAUCUAUUGCACUUGGAUAUUUGGAUCACUUUUCAACUAGAGCUACAAACUGGUUUAUUAGUCAAGCCAAAGUUAGAGGAUUAUAUUCAACUGCUGAAGAAUUAGCCAAAUUAAAUUGUCGUAGAUUUACAUGUUUAUCAUUGCAAUCUCAAGAAGGUUCUAUAAUUAAUUCAUCAAAUUAUUCUCCAAUAUGUAUCUCUAUAGGUUGGGCUUUAAUGGCACGUGAUUAUUCUAUGAUUAAUCGAUUAGCUGAACUCUCUCUUGCUAGAGAUAAUGGAUUUAUGCAUAAGGACACUUUAAAUGAAACAAUAAUCUCGCAUGCUUCUACAGAAGUUGCAGAAUUGGCUGCUAUAAUAUUAGGUUUUUGUCGAGGAUCAUCAUUUGACGAACCGUCUAAUAAUAAUAAAGUUAAUGAAGUGAAUCAUCUUCAAUUAUCACCUGAAUUAGCUUUUUUAAUUCGUUAUGCUGAACUUCAACAAAGUUUUAAUGAUGGUGAUUGUGAAGGCGCAGUUGAUCGAAUUAUUGAUUUACUGGUUACUAGUCCUGGGAACUCACUUAUUACCACCAAUUCAACUGGACACGAUUGUACAAAUUCUUCGACUACAGGUUUUGGUUUACGUAUACCAACUCGUCUUAAAAUAAGACUUCUUGCUGAAGUAAGACACUUAUUGGGUCGAAAUUGUCUACGUCGAGAUCAAGUUGAAGUGCUUAUUACUGCUUUGAUUGAAUUAAGAGCAGAUUUGGAUUUAAAUCCUAAUAACAUGUCCACAAAUAAUGAUAUACAUUCAUUGCUAACAAAAAUUCAUAUGUCUCUUGCUAAAGAACUAGCAUCGACAUUCUUUGCUACCUCUAAUACCAUCCCUAUAUCUCUGUCUUUAUCACCCAAUAGUAUGGUUGAUACAAAUUGGCAUUAA